CUUCCAACUGUUUGACAUUUACACUUUCUCUAGGCUUGUGUUUACAUUUUAGAAUUUAUGUACCUGUGUUUGUAGCCCUCGAGUCGUGUGUUAACCGAAAAUUAAUCGCUUUAAAAUAAAACAAAAAUAAACUAAAGUUUUCUUUUCAUUUUAAAAACCGUGCGUAGGUGUAAGUGAGCACAGGCAGGAUUCAUUUUGUUUAUUUUGUUUCGUAGAUAAUUAGGCAUGAAGUUUCAAAACUUGAAGAAGCAAAAAUUUAUGCAGAGGGGAAGCGAAGAAGAAGUCGAGGGUGAUGUGGAAGACGAUGAAUUCAUCGAUGAGCAGGAAUUUGAGGAAGGUGAGGAUAGAAGAGCCAAAGGGAAUGUCGUCGGGCGGACGGUUACACUGCAAAUGCUACUUUCGACCGAUAUUCUUCAACCCGGUGAAGCCAACAUGUCGAUCGAGUACAUGGGCCAACGAUUUAUUGGCGAUCUCCUGUCUGAUGGGAAAAUUAAAUCUCUAGAGACUGAUAUAAUAUUUGCCAGCCCGAGCGCCUGGGCAUGCCAUUGCAAACGAAUGGUCAAUCCUGAUAAAAAGUCAGGUUGUGGCUGGGCAUCAGUGAAGUACCAAGGGCAGAAGUUGGAUUUUUUCAAGAACAAAUAUUUUAAACAGUUACAAAAAAUGGAGCAGAAAGAAAAUGAAGUCACAGAUGAAGAUGAAGUAGGAGAACACUUAAAACCCUCAGUCGCCACCGAAACAUCCGGUCCGACUGUACGAGUAGUCAUUAAACAUUCCUCCCUUGCAAAUCGUACUGUUAUGCAAGAUGUCAAUACUCUGGUAGAAGCUGUGCCAUUUUCCUCGAUGGGCAAAAUCCAGCCAUUUUUAGUUUCUCUGUCAACAAACGCAGCUCUUGUGAUAGAUUUCCAUUGUCAUCUCACGACUUCUGAGGUUGUCGGAUAUCUGGCUGGGCAUUGGGAUGUUAACGCUCAUAAUCUGGCCAUAACCCAUGCCUUUCCUUGUCGGAGCCGACUCAAUGACAGGGAGCUUGGGCCACUCGUUGAAGAAGACAUCUGCAGGGGCCUAGAGGCAAGGCGGUUGUCUCUUGUCGGUUGGUACCAUUCACAUCCGAAUGCCCCUGCUGCUCCGACCCUCCGUGACAUUGACGCUCAGCUCGAGUAUGAGAUGAAGAUGAAAGGAAGCAGCGAUGCGACGUACACACCUGUAGUAGGGAUAAUAUGCUCCCCUUAUCAUCAAGAAUGUACAAGUUUUGAGUCAGGUCUAUUAAGCUAUUGGGUCAUCCCGCCUCCAGAAAGUAAACCGCAUGAUUAUGGAAAGCCAAUGGCAAUGACAUACAGUGUUAUUCAAGAUCAGUUUCUUUCACAAGACGCUCUUAAUGAAAUGAAAAAGUGUGCUGAGUUUUAUAAAGGUGACCAAGAUUUUAUAAACUUCAAUGAUAAGUUUAAAGGCAAUGUUACUUAUUUGGAAAAGCUCAAGGCAUCUCUGAGUUCGAAAUUCCCUAGGGACCAGAGCGACGGUCUCCUCUGGAGUCUUUUAUCUGACUUGGUCUGUCCAAAUUCUAGUGGAAACCCACCACUGCCAUUCAUACCACCAUCGACAUCGACUGCUAUGCCUAUAACUGUGCCUAAGGCUGUAGGCGGAGCUCCGACUACCUCGGGUGUGAAUAUGGGCUCACCGUCCGGCUACUUGGCAGCAGACAUCGCAUCGGCGCUAUUCGCGACUGGAAAAUUCCCAGCAGCCCUUGUCAACUUGUUUCCACCGUUUGGGCCGAUGCCACCACACCAUUUGCUCCACAUGGCGCAACAAAGACCAGGAACCCACCGUCAACAAGAUUAAUUCAUUCUACAUAAAUUUUAAUUGGUAUUUUAUAUUCUAUUUCAAUGUUAGACCAAUACUAAAAACUAUAUACUUUUAAUGUUAAAAAUUAAUUGCACAACAAAAAUUAUUUUAGUUGCAUAUUUGAAGUAACAUUUAAUCUGAUUUGUUUAGAAUUAAAUUACCAUUAUUUAUUUAUGUUGUGCAAGGUGAGGAUAUUUCAAAUAUUUAUUAGAAAUUGAUACUGAGUGUGGGUCUACGAGUAGGUGAACCCAUGCUGAACUGGCACUAGGUCACUUAUUGGGUACAUCUCAACUCACAGGUUUGUUUAUCACUGAAGAUGGCAUAAUAUUGAAUCGUGUCUGAGCGUUCAAUGGACCCAAUAAGUAACAGAGUGCCAGUUCAGCAUGAUUUGUUAAAAAGCUGAUGCAAAAUGGUCCAAACAAUAGCACAGUUUUGUCCUUAAUUUGUUUCCUAUUGAAAUGUCUAUUAAAAGAUUCUUUUGAUGUUAAGAAAUCAAACGUUUGUAUGUUGAAAGUGUGUCCAUUCCAACCUUUGAUCUUUAUGUAUCUAUUGGCCGUUUUUAAAACUCGGAUGGUUUUAAUAUUUAUAAAUAUUUUUUUUUA